AUGAAGAUAUUUGUACAGCCAUCGCUUCUUUCAACUUCAUUUGUUCCUCGACAAAAUCCCUUAACUAUUAUAGUUUGGAUUCUCGAGGAUGAUAAUUAUGCACGUCCCAAUAAAUUAUGUGUUCAGUUAUGGACGAAUCUGAUAGCACAAACUUGGUCUAGUAUAGAUAUUGAUGAAGAACUGCAAAAUAAAAUAAUUGGUUGUGGUCUUUCUGAAUCUUAUCGUGUUUUUAAAAUAGUAAUAUCUACUACUGAUAUUGAGGAAGGAUGGUAUGAAUUUACUGUCAGGAUCAAAAGAGAAGGCUGGAAUGAUUGGAGGUGGAUGAGUACGGAUGAAGGUCAAAACGCUAAAGUAUUCAUAAGUAAAACAGCUGAUGAUCUAAAUCAAAGAAAAGAUUUAAAUCAUUCCGUUUUUUAUGAAAAAAUCGAUGAAAAAAAAAUUAGAUAUAGCUUACAAGGAAAUGUUGACUGUUGGUGUAUAUCGAGCAGUGUUAAAUCCAAUUCUGGUCUGCCAAUCCGUAUAAAUUUUGGAGGAAUUCGGAAUUUGGUUCAGUAUGUCAUGUUACAAAGACUUUCAGCUUGGUGGAUGAUACCAGUCACGGGCAUUUCCAAGCUGGACAUAAAACACAAAGAUGUUCUUUAUAUAUUAAUUCAGCAAUCAUCUGGUCAUUAUAUCUCGUUAGUGCCUAUGGCAAGUGAUGGUUGCAUAUGUAGCUUUCGAUCAGAUGAAAAUGGUGGAUUAAUACUAUUCGUCAUAAACGAUAACGAACGUGAUAGUCACGCAAGAUUUGUUGUAGGCCGUGGAAACGAUCCAUACAUCACUACUAAAGCAUGUAUGAAAUAUAUCAAUGAAAUUAAUGGAAAUUAUGAUGUUGAAGAAAAUAAUGAUAUUGAAACGGAAGAACAUUUCGAUUAUGAUCAGAUUGGAUAUUGUACUUAUAACGCGUUUUAUGGUAAAAUUGGUCAACAACAUAUAUUUGAUGCUCUAAAUUCUUUCGAGGCUAUUGGUGUGCAUAUUGGAUAUUUCCUAUUAGAUGAUGGAUGGCAACAAGUUAAUGGAAAUAGACAAUUGCAAAAGUUUGAACCUAUACCUGAGCUUUACCCGGAUGGAUUUAAGGGCAUGAUAAAUAAUAUUAAAGUCAAGUUUCCAUAUUUAAAAUAUUUUGGCGUAUGGCACACACUUUGGGGUUAUUGGAAUGGCGUAGAUCCUAAAUCCGAGUUGUCAGAUACUUACAGAAUUGAAAGAGUAAAACAUUCGAAUGAAAUAAUCCAUAUUAUCAUACCGCAGGACAUUCAAAAGUUUUACAAUGAUUUUUAUAGUUAUUUAAAAAGUCAAGGUAUCAGUAUGGUAAAAGUUGACUCGCAAGGAAGCUUUGAUAUGAUUGAUUACGGUCAAAGUAAACAUCGGCGAUGGUGGAGAAAAUAUCAUGAUGCUUUAAAGACAAAUAGUAAAGAGUAUUUUGGUAAUCGGGCAAUUUAUUGUAUGGCGCAUAGCCCUAACGUAAUUCAACAAGUCUUAUCCGGUUCAGAUGAUAUGCCUAGUAGGCCAUUGUUCAGGGACAUGUUUCAAUCACAUCAUAGAUUCGGCGAAUAUCAUGCUGCAGCAAGAUCAAUCAGCGGAGGCCCAGUGUACAUAACAGAUAUACCAAAUGAACAUAAAUUAGAAGUUUUGGAAAAGUGCAUAGUUAACACACCAACUUUUAAGACAACGUCAACAUCGUCGUUAGAUUCAUCUAAUAAAGAUUCCUCAUCAACAAAAUUAAGCACAAAAUUGCCACAAAGAAUCCUAAGAAGCGAAGGCCCAGCAUUAUCAUCACUUUCAUCUUUAUUUCGUGAUCCCACGAAAAUUAAUAACUUGUUAAAAAUAUGUAAUUGGAACAAUAAAAUCGGAGUACUCGGCUUAUGGAAUUGCAGAACCCAUAAGUUAUUAGAUAUAUUUGAUCUAACCGAAGUUUAUGGGAUAAAUAAUAGAACAAACAAUUGCAAUAAUCAAGAACAUAAAGAUCUUAUAGGAGAAUAUGCUUUGUACUUUUUUAAGAAUAAACAGACUCAUGUGGUGAAUUCAGCGAAAGAACCAGUUUCAAUAAUUGUGAAUGCAGAAGAAUUUGAAAUUGUAACAAUUUCACCAAUUCAUUAUUCAAUCGGAAAGAGCUAUGACAGAAAUUUUACUGUUAUGAUCGCACCAUUUGGCUUAAUCGACAAAUACAACGGAUCUAAAGCCGUGAUUUCAUCCGAAUUUAUUAGUGAGAGUGUUAGACAAACAAAUUCAUAUAAUGAUACUAGAGUAGAUCCAGCAGAAAAUCGACUGGGUAGAAUAUUCUAUAAAGUCCAAUUGGUUGGAUAUGGAGAAUUUGGAUUUUAUUUGGAUCCAGUUGAUGGAAAAUUAAGUGAUACUAAGGCGUAUUUAGGGAGCAAAUUGUUGAAAAAUGUCAAAUAUGAUGUAGAUAAGAAAUUACUCUCGAUUUGUUUAGAGAAAGAAGAUAUGGAAAGUGAUGGGCAAAGGAAUGAGACAAAAUUAUUAAACCAAGAGACACUAAGGGUAGAAUUAUUUUUGGAAAUUACAAUUGAGUAG